CCCGCUAUCGGCACGUGGCGCAGUACAAUGUACGCACCAAACAGAUUGUAGUGUCUCCAUAUCGAUUGCUUCCCAACAGGCACCAGCUAUCACCAGUCCAACGUCUCAAAAAGCACCGACUCCCGAUGAACAAGAGGCCGAGCAGUGAAGGCAAAUCAUUCGGAUGGCCUUGCAAGAGGCUUUUCACGGACUACGUGGAGAACGGCGACGACGACGCCCCCGGCGUGGGGAAGGUGUAUAAGUUUCGAGUUCUGUUGCCGAACGGCACCAGCUUGGGGCUUACAAUCCGAGACCCCGAAAUGGACUUGGAUUUGGAAGAGUUUGUGCACUUAGUGAAGGCAGAGUAUUUCAAGACUAUUAGGGAAUCCGGGUCUCCGAAGCCCAAGAGGAGAGUCGACUGGAGGAGCAGAAACUUGUGUUUUGUGGAUGCUUUUGAUGAUGUGUUGGGAACAAGAAUCAGUUUUCGGAAAUUUCAGCCCAAUAAGUACCACAUUCUGAGGCUUCAUGAUGGGUCCGGGGAAGCCGAAACUUACGAGAACAUGUGGGAUUUGACUCCGGAUACUGAAAUGCUGAGGGAGCUACCACACGAAUACUCCUUUGAGACCGCUCUUGCAGAUCUCAUUGACAAUUCGUUGCAAGCUGUAUGGUCUAACAGUGUUGACGAGAGAAGAUUAAUUAGUGUUGAUCUCACUGAUGAUAGAAUUUUAAUUUUUGAUACUGGCCCUGGAAUGGAUGGUAGCGAAGAGAACUCCAUAGCAAAGUGGGGAAAGAUUGGCGCUUCUUUGCACAGGUCAUCAAGGGGCCGUGGUAUAGGUGGGAAACCACCAUAUUUAAUGCCUUUUUUUGGGAUGUUUGGGUAUGGAGGACCGAUUGCUUCCAUGCAUCUGGGAAGGAAUGCUUUGGUGUCUUCUAAGACUAAAGAAUCAAAGAAGGUCUACUCUUUGCGUCUAGAGAGAGACACUUUACUAAGCAGUUCUAAUUCAGAAAAGAGAUGGACGACUGAGGGUGGCAUUAGGCAACUGACAGAAGAUGAAAUAACGAGAUCACCUCAAGGUUCCUUUACCAAGGUUGAGAUUUUUGAUCCUAAAAGAAAAGGCUUGGACAUAGCUCAACUCCAAUGCAAAUUGAAGGACAUCUAUUUUCCAUAUAUACAGUGUGAUGAAAUAUCGAUUACAGGCAGAACAACCAUGCCAAUUGAAUUUCAGGUUAAUGGGGUUGAUUUAGCAGAGAUACAGGGCGGUGAGGUUGCUAUUACAAACAUACAUUCCUGCAAUGGUCCAGAGUUUGUUCUACAACUCCACAUUAUCCAAAGUGUCAUGGCAUCCAGUAGUGCAAGAACACGAGUAUCUCAAGAAGCAAAUGCUCGUCUGAAGUUUGUUUAUUUUCCAAUAGUGGAGGGAAAGGAGAAUAUUGAUCGAAUUUUGGAAAAGUUGGAAACGGAAGGAUGUGGACUUUCAGAAAGAUUUGAAACCUUUAGUCGUGUUUCUGUUCGACGGUUGGGUCGUCUUCUUCCAGAUGCUCGCUGGAAAUUGCUUCCUUUUAUGGAACCUAAGCUAAAAGUGGGAGACAAAGCACGAAUUUUGAAACAAAGCUUGGCAAGAGUGAAAUGCUUUAUAGAAACUGAUGCUGGGUUUAAUCCAACACCAUCAAAGACUGAUUUAGCACAACACCAUCCUUAUACUACUGCUCUGAAGAACUUCGGUGGCAUGCCCUUGGAGAUAGAACAAGAGAUAAAUCUCAAAAUUUAUAAGGAUGGGAAGCAACAGACACUUUUGCAAGUAGAGAAGAUGUAUCAGGAAUGGAUUUGUCAGAUGCAUGAUCGUUAUGAUGAGGAAGUUGAAUGUGGUGAUGAUGAACCUGUUCUUGUAGUCAACCCCUCAAACAAGAAGAGACUCGGCAUUUCUUCUAAUAUUUUGAGGGUUCACAAAGUGAUUCGAAGAAAGGGAGCUUCCUGGGUGUCGGGGCAGAAACUGAAAAUUCUGAAAGGAGCAUGUGCUGGAUGCCACAAGAACAAUGUGUAUGCGACCUUAGAGUACAUUCUGAUUGAAGGAUUCCAAGGCGAUGCAGGUGGGGAGGCUCGCCUGAUUUGCAGGCCACUAGCUGUCCCAAUUGAGAAUGGUUGUGCCCUCACAUUGCAUGAUGAACAUACCAGUAUUGAUAUCCGUGAUUCCAUCUCCUUACCCAUUUCUGUGAUAGAAUCUGGGAAGUGUCUGACCAUGGAAGCUGGUGAGUGGGAGCGUGUAGUUGAGAAGAAUCGGCAGAAAUUGCCAUAUACAAUUGAAAUAUUGAGCGGAAAGCAUUGUCAAGAGCUGGGUGUUGCUGAAGGGGCAUUACCCAACAAUUCUACAGUGUAUGCUGGACAUGUUCCUCCCAAGGAAAUUGUUGCAGUUGUUCAUUCUGCCUCCUCUAGUCCUGCCAGUUCUUCUAAGAAUUUAAACCAGAAGUGCAUUGUGAAAGAAAACUUAGAGAUGGGGAUGCAAAUUAAAUUCAGGGAUAUUUUCAAGAGUGACCAAGAUUUUAUUGAUCUAUAUUCUGUAUACGUAUCACCUUCAUCCCGUAAAGGGUUAUAUGGUUUAUAUAUAUUUUCUGUGGGAUGCAAGUUUGCACACAUAUUUCAGAAAGCUGGUGUUUAUAUAUUUUCAUUUUUUCUUAGAGGGGUGAAUUCUAUGACUUGCGAAAGAAGAGUAGACGUUAAGGCAUCGUCUGAGGUUGGCAGAUGGGGGCAAAUAAAUGAUGGAGAGAGUCUACCCUACAUUACAUGGGUUGGUAUGUCUUCCCCACCAAUUUCAAUUGCAUGCUAUGAUAUGUACAACAAUCGGAUGCCCUUUGCAUGUGUUCCGAAAGUAGUAAUCAAGAUUAUCUCGGGAAGGAUGGUUCUUUGUAAAGUGCAUAAUAUGAAAUUGGAUCUGUCACCCGAUCGAUUGACGUUGACAAUCAAGGAUGCAUUGGUAGUAAGUACACAGCUGGAUAAGAUACGGCCACAUUAUGAAGCCACUUUGGUUAUCUCUCAAUCAGAUGAGUUAUUCCCCAUGUCCAUCCCAUGUGAAGUUCUUCCUGGAUACUUACAAAGCGUUACAAUCCAACCAAAAGAUUUGGAUAAGCAACUACUUCCAGGACAAGCUAUCAAGGAGCUUAUAUUUGAGAUGUUUGAUCCAUAUGGUAACCAUGUUGAGGAGGGCUUGCAAGUUCAGUUCAAUGUGGAUGGACUUUGUUUCCGAGAUCAUGCUGGUUCUACUUCUACCCAUAAGGUCGAUGAGUGUGGGUGCAUUAACCUGAGUGGCCUCUUGGAAGUUACAGAGGGCUAUGGAAAAAAAGUAUCUAUCUCUGUUUUAUUUAAUGAGAAAAUAAUCUUCAAGAAAGAGUUCCAAACAGAGAAGAGAGUGCUGAAAACUGCAUUCAUGGUACCUAAGUGUUGCAUAGCUGGAUCUGUUCUGGAAAACAUAGUCUUUGAAAUUGUAAACUCUGAAGAUGAAGUGGAUGAAACCAUCCAUGAUGAAGAGUCAAGUGGCCAAUCUCAUACACUUAUAAUAAAAUCGGGGUCCUUGGAUGCCAAUGAUUCAGCAACAUAUAGUUUCUGCUAUGGGCGCUGCCUAGUUCGUUCUAUUUCCCUUCCCCAAGAGGAAGGGAUGGUCAAUCUUAUAGCUUCUCACUCGCGUUACCCAGAGCUCCAUGUGACCAUCAAGGUUCAUGUCGUCCUGGAAGCUUCACAAGUGGAGCCUGACAACAUCCAAUCACUGAACUUGGACGGAAGGGGCCCUCCCCUUCACGACUUAUCUGUUCUUAAAGUUCCAAAACUUGAACAAGACGGUGUACAUCAGCAGUGUUCUGUUGGCAGGCUCUCUUUUCUCUGUGACUCAUCAACUGAUAAGGAUGUAGAAAACUUGGUGGUUUCAAUCUUGAAAGAUCUGAAGGAACUUGAGAUGGAUGUUCAUAAAUACGGCCUGGAAGUUGGAUGUCACGAGGAGGCAUUAAAGAUGCUCAAUGUCAAAAAAGUUGAAGUUGAGGAAGAAGUUUCUAGGUUGCAAGGCAGCUUGACGUGGAGAGAAUCAACAAUGGAACUGAUUGAAAGCAAGGCAGACUCUGCGGCUGCUGUUAUCUGCAGAUUGUUUAGAGAAUUUCAUUUGCAGAAUAGACAACAUUCCUUCUUAAAGAAUGUACUUGGUGUUGUAGCAUUUCUUGGAACAGUUAAAAGCAAUGAGCUUAGCAGAAUAUUGGCAGCUUACUUGGGGGAGGAUCAGAUGCUUGCAAUUGUGUGCAAUUCCUAUGCAGCUGCAGAUUAUCUGGAGAAAUAUGAACAAGAUGGAAAUGUGGAUCCCGCACAUGAUCUUUAUGCAAUUGCCACAGCACUGGGCAGGCCUGUAUGUGGUCGGUAUCUUGUAAUCUGCCUUGAAGAUACAAGACCAUAUACAGGAGAAGUUGGAACCCAAGGUUUAUCAUUGCCAUUACCUACCUUACCAGGUGGAAAUACUCCUCCAGGUUUUCUAGGAUAUGCAGUUAACAUGAUAAAUCUUGGGUUCCAUCAUAUGUACACAAGGACAGAAGCUGGUCAUGGUCUUCGGGAGACUUUAUUCUACUGUCUUUUCGGUGAGCUUCAAGUUUAUGAAACUAGGGAAAACAUGAAAAUUGCUAGGUCCUGCAUAAAACAUGGUGCAGUCUCCCUGGAUGGUGGGAUCAUGAGAGCAAAUGGAGUUCUUGCUGUUGGGCAGUGGGAACCGGAGAUUCAGUUUCCAGUUGUUAAUAAACCAACAAGCAAAUUGCAUCGCUCUCUGCAUGCCAUGGAUAAUCUGAAGGAGGUUGAAGAAAAGAAGUUGAAUUUAAGACAAAUAUUUAAUGAGAUAGAGGAAGAGACUAAAGCUCAUGAGAAAACCUUGCAAAAGUUUGAGAAUAUAAGAGACAGAUAUAAGGAGUUCUUGGAAGAGAAGGGACCCUUGCUGCUGCAUCUUGGGGUACGUAUAUAGUAUGGCCAAUCCUAGUGGCUCUUAUUCCUGAUUCAAUGACAUCUUUGUUGGUCUCUGAAUAUUGAUUGGAAAGUCUUAAAAAAAGAAAAAAGAAUUCGUCUUUUCA